GGAACCCGGAGCCCCCACCGUGCGGGGGAGAAGGCGGGGACGGUCAGGCCGCGCGGGCUCUUUAAGACCGUGUUCGUGCUAACGCCGACCGUGAGUAACCUGGUCCCGGGUCCCGGGAGAAACCUUGAGUUGGCUUGGUCUAAAUAGGAGGAUGAGAGUUCAGCUCUCUAGGCGUGGAAUUUGGGGCUCCUGGAGAGGGCGGUGAGACUAGGCAAGGACGAGUUCCAAAGGGAGGAGAGUCCCCCACCUGGCUUCAGCGCCCACGCGGCUGGUCCUUCAUGAUCUCGAUGCAGAGGCCUCCAUGGCUGUGAUAAGCCUUCUGUUCUUGGCAGUGAUGUAUGUUGUGCACCACCCCUUGAUGGUCAGUGACCGGAUGGACCUGGACACACUAGCCAGAAGUCGGCAGCUGGAGAAGCGGAUGAGCGAGGAGAUGCGCCAGUUAGAGCUAGAGUUUGAACAGAGGAAGCGAGCAGCUGAGGAGAAGCAGAAGGCAGAGAACUUCUGGAGAGGAGACACAUCCAGUGACCAGUUAGUGCUGGGGAAGAAAGACAGGGGGUGGCCGUUCCAGGCGGAUGGCCAGGAGGGGCCGCUGGGCUGGAUGCUGGGAAACCUGUGGAACGCUGGCCUCUUUUGCUUUUUUCUCAUCUUUGAGCUCCUGCGACAGAACAUGCAGCACGAGCCGGCCUUUGAUUCCAGCAGCGAUGAGGAGGAGGAGGAGGAGGUCCGUGGCAUGCCUGUCACCUCCUACAACUGGCUUACCGACUUCCCCCCUAAGGAGGUCCUGGAAUCCUUUCACAAACACCACAUCCAGAACGUCACCCGGGACCUGCCCUGCACCUGCGAGUUCGUGGAGAGCUUUGUGGACGACCUCAUCGAGGCCUGUCGGGUGCUCAGCCGCCGGGAGGCUCACCCACAGUUGGAGGACUGCCUGGGCAUUGGGGCUGCCUUCGAGAAAUGGGGAACCCUCCACGAGACCCAGAAAUUUGACAUCCUGGUGCCCAUUGUUCCCCCCCAGGGCACUAUGUUUGUGCUGGAGAUGAGGGAUCUGGCCCUAGGCCGCCGCUGUGGCUGUGUGCUGGUCGAGUCGGAAUGCGUGUGCAAGCGCGAGAAGCUUCUGGGGGACGUGUUGUGCCUGGUGCACCACCACAGGGACCACUCAGCCCUCCUGGGCAAGUGUAACAGCUCCAUCAAGGCGGCUCUCUGCACCGGCUCCUACCUGGAUGUGUCUAAGACCGUGCAGUGGUUCCGGAACAUGGUGGGCAAUGCCUGGGCCCUCGUGGCCCACAAGUAUGACUUCAAGCUCAGCCUGCCGCCGUCCACCACCUCCUGCAAGCUCAGGCUGGACUACCGCUCAGGCCGCUUUCUCUCAAUCCGCCUGGUCCUGGGUGUGCAACGGGAAGACACCUUGGUCUACCUGGUGAGUCAGGCCCCUGACCAGGAACAGUUCACCAGCGUGGACUGGCCCGAGUCCUUUGCAGCCUGUGAGCACUUGUUCCUAAAGCUGGUCGGGCGUUUUGCUCCCGAGAACACCUGUCACCUCAAGUGCCUCCAGAUCAUUUUGAGUCUCCGGGACCUUCAGAGUUUACCCCAGGGAGCUUCCCACCCCAUCCUCACCUCUUACCACUUCAAAACAGCCCUCAUGCACCUGUUGCUGCAGCUGCCCCUAACAGACUGGCAGCAUGGCAUGCUCUCCCAGCGGCUCCAGGACAUCCUCUGGUUCUUGGGCCGAGGCCUCCAGCGAAGGUCUCUCCAUCAUUUCCUCAUUGGUAACACCUUCCUGCCCCUGACCAUCCCGAUCCCUAAGACAUUUCGAAAUGCUGAGCCCGUCAAUCUCUUCCAACACCUGGUGCUAAACCCCAUGGCACACUCACAGGCAGUGGAAGAGUUCCACAGCCUUCUGACCCAGGUGAAAGCUCUGCCCUGUGCCUCACUGGCUGGGGCACAUUAAUGUACAGGCCAUUAAAAAGGGGGAGAAGGUAUUUCUGA